CACGCUGUUCAGUUGCGAAUUGUGCGAUCGUUAGUAGUCGUACGCAUUAAUGGGCAGGAGAAGAGUGCUCUAUUACCUAAGUAGCUUGUAUGCGAUUCAGUUUGCGCACGUAGCUCUGAUUAUUGUUGACAACAAAAUAUAAUAAUAAAUUCAGUACAGUGGAGAAGAUGCCAAGUGAGGGUGGAUUAUCGGCUAUAUGGCUUGUGAUUGGUUUCUUAUUGUGUCGGUCAGGAGGGAACAUACUGGCUGGUGGUGUCUCGAUUUUUCCCACCAAUAAACUCUCGAUCAUGCAGGGAGCCGGAUUUUUAGCAUAUCUUGUACCUACCCAAACUGGUGAAUUGGUCCAAUGGUCUCAUUGUUCGGUGAUGGUCGCUGGAAACAGCUACAGUUUGGACAAUGAUCAGGUUCAUGUGGUCGGAGGGGUAACCAGGGUGCAGAGAUUCAACGCGAGCGUUUGUGGUAUUCGGGUUGAAAAUGUUCAGAAAAUUGUUGAACAAGAUUGGACAUUGUCGGUCUUAGGUGCCGACUCUAAAACAAUCGUACAGAAUUUAUCAUUAUCGGUUUAUUUACCUAAAAUUAUUGAUAUACUGAACGUCACCAUCAGUGAUACUGCAAGCUCUUAUAGUCUGUUUUGUCCGGAGGACAGUUCCCGGCGAUAUUGCCGUAUUUUGGAUCAGACCGAUAAUGUCUACCCAGGCUGCACGAAAACGUUUGAUGUGACUUGGGAAACGGCACAGUUUCGAUGCCGUAUGCUUUACUGGGGUGAUAUGGAUGAAAUCGAAACUGUAAUCAAUGUGAGCGUUGAGAAGAGUAAACGCGAUGUAUCCAUUUCAAUGCUGGAGAAUGAGUCACACGUGGUUCUAAGUUGUCGCUACAAAAGUAAAGUGAAUCCGUGUCGUGCUGUUUCUGUUGGCAGCAAUCGACAGAUGUUGCUACUCGACGGGCAUCUGACCGAACGAUAUUCGGCCUAUGAUACGCAUAUGGAAUCGGGAAUAUGCAGUAUUGAAAUACUUAAACCUCUACACCCAGAAGAUUACGGAAUUUGGCGUGUAUUUCUGGAGCUCCCUAAUGACUACAGCGGAUGUGUGUUCAAUCUCGACUAUAAAUUUAGUACUAUGCCUGAUCAAUCCAACGAUGUCGUAGCAAACACCCAACUAAUUAAAGUGUUCCGCGAACCGAGUCAAUCUACUACAACCGAACUGAGCUGUGAAGUGUCGUACCCAAUCGACUACUGCUAUUUAUCAGGACCGAAUGGUGGCAAUUAUGUUCCUUCUAGAUUUGAUAAUCUCAAAACGUUAGGAAUAUGUUUGUUUAAUGUCGUGAACAUUACCACUGGAAAGUGGGCUUGUGGGAUCAACGAUCGGAUUGGAGACGAGGAUCGGAUGAUCUACUUUGACGUCGAAGUAUAUGAUCAACCUGGCGAAACAAUUACCCCAUUAAUUACGGGUAGUGCCGGAGAUGAAGAUGUAAAGUUGCUUUGCAGAACAAUCCUGGAUAUGCCUAUCGAAAUCUGUCGAUUUGUUAGUCCCUCGGGAGAGGUGCACGGUCUGUCAGAAAAUAUUGUACCCAACGACGUUUCUCGAUUUCGCUAUUAUGGCAAGGGGUUGCGGACCGGCGAAUGUGGAAUGGAAAUCAUGGCACUGAAACAGGAAGAUUUUGGCCAAUGGAAAUGUUUGAUCAAGGUUAAAAACAAGGAUUACGCAAUCAACUUCGAUGUAGUAGAAGAAGUUAUAGGAAGAACAGCAGUAGUGGCCAUUUCUGUCAGUGUGACCGUUGUCGCAUGCUUCGUUGGUGGAUUUUUCGCCUACAAGAAAUUUUUUAGACGUCGAAUUGCGUAUCAGAACGACUUGCGAUCGUCCGAAGGUGUAGGACUUUAAGUCGUUUAUGAAUUGUGUUGCCUGUUGUUGAACCAAACAAAUACUGGUAUACGGAUGUCUGCAUCAAACUAUCGCAGUUUUUGACUAAUCAACUUCAAUAUUCUGCUACGUUUAUUUUGUAUUAUUAAUAUUUACAUUGAAUGUUUGAUGAUAUUUAAAAUAUAUACGU